AAGAAAAAAAUCAAUCAAAAGAGUAGCGUAAGCCUGUGAUUCAGAGCCUGAAAGUUGAUUUUAUUGUUAUUAAUUAUUAAUUUAUAUUGUUCUAUACUUCUAUACCAUAUACUAUCUAUCUAUCUAACAGCAUGGAUACGCUCACUCCGAAGUGUUAAAUCUUGAAAGACACAGAAACCAAACAUCAAAAACAAGACAGAGCAACCUUGGUUGGUUUCAUCAUACCAUGGGACAAGUCUUUGACAAGUUAGAGGGUAAGGAGUGGAGGAAAAGGCAAAUAAGGAAGAUAACAGAUAGAGUUUUUGAGAAAGUACAGAAUCAAAAGCAAACUGAUAAAUUGAGUUUUGAAGAUCUGUAUAUUUCUGUUUUACUUGUGUACAAUGAUAUUAACAAGUACAUUCCUGGUCCCCAUUUUGAUCCUCCAUCAAAACAAAAAGUCAAAGAAGUCAUCGAGAGCUGUGAUAUCAACUUUGAUGGGGAGAUUGACCGUGAUGAAUUUUUCGAUUUCAUCUUGCAAAUGACAGCUGAUACAUUCACUGUUGUUAGCCAAAAACUUAUUGUCACUCUGGUUGUAGCACCAACAGUUGCAGUGGCAACAAAGAAAGCUACUGAAGGGGUUCCAGGUGUUGGGAGACUGGUGCAAAGGAUACCCAAUUCAAUUUAUGCUUCCCUUGUGACAAUUGCAGCUGUGUGGUUCCAGAAAAAGGCUCAUGAAUCUGCACUGUAGCCAUUGCUCAUCAUGCACAAUGAUAGAAUUCUCUUGAUUGUACGCAUAGGAUUGAAAUUGCUUCCAUGUUAGUUAUAAAAUGGCAGUUGAUAAAAACAAUGGCUGUGUUUCAGAUUUUGGACAGAAGACCAACUCUUGAUUAUUCUGUCAAAGGUUAUGCUAUGCAUGUAAAUAGGCUCUCUUCAAUAAUUGUAUACAAUUAUUAUCUAGAAUUAUCUUCUUAGACACUUUCCUCAUUUCUAUCACAUUUC